AUGAGUGGAAGUCUUGCAUUUAAGGAAGGGGAUGUGGAAGAAUUGAAAUGGGUUGGGAAGUCUACAGAUACUAUUUUAGGUCUGGGAAAGGCUGGGGAGUCUACAGAUACUAUUGUAGGUCUGGGAAAGGCUGGAGAGUCUACAGAUACUAUUGUAGGUCUGGGAAAGGCUGGGGAGUCUACAGAUACUAUUGUGGGUCUGGGAAAGGCUGGGGAGUCUACAGAUACUAUUGUGGGUCCAGGAAAGGCUGGAGAGUCUACAGAUACUAUUGUAGGUCUGGGAAAGGGUGGGGAGUGUACAGAUACUAUUGUAGGUCUGGGAAAGGCUGGAGAGUGUACAGAUACUAUUGUAGGUCUGGGAAAGGCUGGGGAGUCUACAGAUACUAUUGUAGGUCUGGGAAAGGCUGGGGAGUCUACAGAUACUAUUGUAGGUCUAGGAAAGGCUGGGGAGUCUACAGAUACUAUUGUAGGUCUUGGAAAGUUUGGGGAGUUUACAGAUACUAUUGUAGGUCUGGGAAAGGCUGGGGAGUCUACAGAUACUAUUGUGGGUCUGGGAAAGGCUGGGGAGUCUACAGAUACUAUUGUAGGUCUAGGAAAGGCUGGGGAGUCUACAGAUACUAUUGUAGGUCUGGGAAAGGCUUGGGAGUCUACAGAUACUAUUGUAGGUCUGGAAAAGGCUGGGGAGUCUACAGAUACUAUUGUGGGUCUGGGAAAGGCUGGGGAGUCUACAGAUACUAUUGUAGGUCUGGGAAAGGCUUGGGAGUCUACAGAUACUAUUGUAGGUCUGGGAAAGGCUGGAGAGUCUACAGAUACUAUUGUAGGUCCGGGAAAGAAGUAG